AUGGCGUCUUCUAGACAACUGAGAACUGACGAGAUAGCGUCUUUUUUAGAAAAUACCAGUGACUCGGAGACAUGCGACACAGACUCGGGAGAAGAAGAUUGCAUGACUUAUGACGAGGUCAGAAGUGACGUGGAAGACGAGGUAGUGGACUCUCUUGAGUGUUCAAACGAGUCAGCUAGCCAAGAAACUCUUCAAAACGAUGAUACGUCUAUUGAAUCAACUAAUACAGAUAUACCUCAGUCAUAA